AUGCCUUUUCCUUGGAAGAAGAAAAACCGAGUCACCCGAAUUUCACAAAUCGUCGCUGAUCUUCAAUCUCCAAAACGCGGUCGUUCGCUCUUCGUUGAAACCGGGUUCCCCACUUCCCUCAUCGAUCUCUUCGUUAAAAACCGUAACCGCUUCAAGAAAUCCAGAUUCAAAAAACCGGUUCAAACCGAAAACAUUGAUCCGUCACCGCCGCCGCCACCGUCGCCGGUCACAUCUUCACCUCCGUCAUCGGAAUUACCGUUUCAGGUAGUUCCGACACCGAAUCCUCUUAUCUGCGAUAACACCGAUGGAGCCGCCGUCGAUGAGGCUCCUCCGGUUGAAAACCUGAGUUCUAUGGUUCGUUCAAAGGCGAUCAUCGUGAAAACGUUGACGGUUAUUGUUUUGGCAGCGAGUGUGAAGGAGUUAACAGUUGCGAUCACGGUGUCGGCGUUCGCGCUUCUGUUUCUCGAGAACGCAUUAAAACGCGCCGUUUCGUGUUUGAAGCCUUGUUCUAAUGCUAGCGUUUCAAUUGAAUCGCGGUUCCAGAAGAUUCUAUUUCGUGUUAAGGAAAAUGAGAUUCAACAACCGGUAACCGUUUUCAAUGAAAUUGAAUUGUUGAAUUUGAAUCACGAUGAAAUUGAAGCUGUUGAAGAAAAGAGUGAGGAGGAGUUAGGGAUUUGUUGUGAAUUGGAAGAUUCAUUGGUUUCUGAAUGCAAAAUUAAAGGGAAAGGUAGUCGUAGCGGUAGGUUUAAGGCAACGAUGGUGAAGAAGCUUCAGAAGUUUCGUUCUAGGAAAGAGAAAAAGGAAGAAGAAAAGGGAAUUAGUAUUAGUAAUAAUAAUAAUUAUAGUUAUGAAGAUAAUGAAGUUGAAGAUAAAGAAGCGAUUAUUAUUAUUAAAAAUGAAGUAAGAGAUGAUUGUGGAAUCACUUAUUCUACAGAAUCGAUUCUUGCUGGGAAAAAAAACUCAGGUUAUGCAAUUCUGGUUAUGAUUGUACUAGUUGGGCUUAUUGUGGGGCGUUUACAAGCGUUGGUUCUAACCAUUGGAUGGUGUUUCUUGGUUAAGAUGGUUAAAGUUAUUUGGAGAUCAAAGAACGUGUCUUCUCUUAUGGAAAGAUGA